AUGAGAGACCAGAGUGAGUCUGAAAUGAGAGACCUGAGUGAGUCGGACAUGAGAGACCAGAGUGAGUCCGACGUGAGAGAGCAGAGUGACUCCGACAUGAGAGACCGGAGUGAGUCCGACGUGAGAGACCAGAGUGAGUCCGACGUGAGAGACCAGAGUGAGUCCGACGUGAGAGACCAGAGUGAGUCUGACGUGAGAGACCAGAGUGAGUCCGACGUGAGAGACCAGAGUGAGUCCGACGUGAGAGACCAGAGUGAGUCUGACGUGAGAGACCAGAGUGAGUCUGACGUGAGGGACCAGAGUGAGUCCGACGUGAGGGACCAGAGUGAGUCCGACGUGAGGGACCAGAGUGAGUCUGACGUGAGAGACCAGAGUGAGUCCGACGAGAGAGACCAGAGUGAGUCCGACGUGAGAGACCGGAGUGAGUCCGACGUGAGGGACCAGAGUGAGUCGGAAGUGAGUCGGAGUGAGUCCGACGUGAGAGACCGGAGUGAGUCUGACGUGAGAGACCAGAGUGAGUCCGACGUGAGAGACCACAGUGAGUCCGACGUGAGAGACCGGGGUGAGUCGGGUGAGUCCGACGUGAGAGACCGGAGUGAGUCCGACGUGAGAGACCAGAGUGAGUCCGACGUGAGAGACCGGAGUGAGUCUGACGUGAGAGACCAGAGUGAGUCCGACGUGAGAGACCAGAGUGAGUCCGACGUGAGAGACCAGAGUGAGUCCGACGUGAGAGACCAGAGUGAGUCCGACGUGAGAGACCAGAAGGCCGGAGUGAGUCGGAGUGAGUCCGACGUGAGAGACCAGAGUGAGUCCGACGUGAGAGACCGGAGUGAGUCCGACGUGAGAGACCGGAGUGAGUCCGACGUGAGAGACCGGAGUGAGUCUAACGUGAGAGACCAGAGUGAGUCUAACGUGAGAGACCAGAGUGAAUCCGACGUGAGAGACCAGAGUGAAUCCGACGUGAGAGAGCAGAGUGACUCCGACUUGAGAGACCGGAGUGAGUCUGAAAUGAGAGACCAGAGUGAGUCCGACGUGAGAGAGCAGAGUGACUCCGACGUGAGAGACCAGAGUGAGUCCGACGUGAGAGACCAGAGUGAGUCCGACGUGAGAGACCAGAGUGAGUCGGAGUGA